UUACUCACUGUAAAUCAUUUCGAAGAGUGAAGUUGUUUACAGUGGAAAUAAUGUUAAACUCUGCUAAUAAUUGUUCAAGAUGAGCGGACACCAGGUCGUCUACGGUCCGCGGACGGCAAAGAGUGAUCAAAGGUUUGAUGCGGGCAGAAAUCUUUCGAAUAAAGAUACGGAAAUCGAAAACAUAAUUCGGACAUGGAAAGGUGAAGUAAAGGAAAGUAACACUUUAAAUCCAAAGGAUGAAAUGAAGAUUUUGAGAAACUGGGGAUAUUUAAAGAAAAAGUUACCAGUGAAUCAAGUCAUUGACCCAUUUAUAGAGAAGUGCGUGGUGACACCAGAACAGUGGCUGCAGAUAAAGUCAAGCGGAAAGGGCGACGCGGACCUCACAGAAGACCUGUUGUACGUGAUUCUGAAGCGACCACCGGAUGUGUACCCGUCCAUGCUGGCGGCCCUCAGGGCACUCGGCCUCUCGCAGGUGGCACAGCAACUUGAGGGGACACGAGAAAACAUCUCCCUUUCAUCCUCACUCUCUUCCGGCGGUUCCCUACGGCAGAUUGGGCGUCCAACCAAGGUAGGGGGAACCUUUCCCCGCCCGGUUGAAAGCAUAUCAGUGGCGGAUCCGAGGAAUGGAGCGGUGGGUGCCAUCUGUGAGGAACCGGGGUCCGCCGGGGAUGUUGUCAUCGACACGACCGUCCGCCAACACGACCUUGAAAGAAUGAAGGACGAGAUUCGGGAAGAGUUGCGGCAGCUGCGGGCCAACAUCGAGAAUGGUCGGGAGGCGGACAGAGCUCAGCUCACUUCACUACAGCACAAACACGAUGAACUGCAAGGCGAUCUGGAGAAGGCCACAGAGGAGAGGGAGAAACUCAAGGCGGAUAUAGAAACGUUCGCAGAGCUGGUAAACAGUCUUAAACAACAGAUGGAGAAGAAACAAGAGCAGUUUGAGGCGGCGGCGGAGCGUAACAAGGAAUUGGAGCGACAGCUGAAAAGCAAGACUGGACAGAUACAGGAAGAGUUGGAGGAAAAGGAGCGGGAGCGGGUGGGUCUGGAGCACGUGCUCCACGCCAAGGAGGCGGAUUACCGGGUGCUGCAGGCGGCCUUGGAGCGCCUUAAGGUUGAUCACGAGGAACGCCACGGCCGCCUCCGCUCUCUCACGCGCGACAAGGUCAUUUUAGAGAAGGAGGUGCAGCUUCUCAACAAGGACAAGAAAAACCUCGAGGUGAAGAUUAAGUCGCUGGAACAACAUAUGAGAAUAUUGCAGGAAAAGCACAUUCGGGAGACAAGCGAUAUCCGGCAGGAAAUGGAGCGACAGAAGACGCUACUGGAGGAGGCGGACCGUGAGAGACAGGACCUUGAGAGACAGCUCUAUGACAGCGUCCGUAAAAAUGAGGGGCUGCGGCGAUCCAACACGAGCCUGGAGGAAAGCUUGCAGAGGACCACAGAUGAGAAACUGCAUCUACAACAGAGGCUCAGGCAGGCGGACAUGACCAAAUACGCACGUCCGCCUUAUCUUGCAGGAACCAGGUCUACACGCGUCGGUUGGAACCCAAAACAUUUGAAACGCUAACAUAUGAAAUAUACUUAUGUCGGGUUGCGCCUUUCCCUUGUUAAGUUUUAAUUCAAACCAAAAGUAACCCUUCAAAUGAGUUUAACCUAAAUAUGACUAAGACCGAUAUUUAUACCAAAUUAAAUGAAACAUUAAGUUGCAAAUAUGAUUUGAAGAGGGCUAACAUAUUGCUCUUCUUUACAAUUAACCUAUACUAGAGACCUGAUUUUUGACCGAGCAUGUUUAAUUAUUGUACUGGAUUUUCAUUUUAUCAGCAAAAUGAUUUUUUUAUUCAUAUUUAACAAGAUUAUUAUCAUGCAAUACAAACAUAGAUAUGAAUAGCCAUCAUUAUCUUCCCGUGUGAAUGUUUAGACUAUGAACAGAGCACGCGUUAUUGCAUGAUGGAAUAAUGAUAUCUGUUUGCAGAAAUUCAUCCAAAACUUAAUCAUACUUUUACAUAUGGAUAUAUACGCCCUACCUCUCCUUAAACAGCAACGUUGCUAGCAGAUUGUCUCGCAUCUAGUACAGUUGGGCAGAAUUUUAAAUGAAUAUUAUUUGAUUAAGCUUAUUAAACCCCAAAACUUCACAACCAUAAGAAACAAUAGGAGAUAAUAAAUGUAACCUUUGACAUGCUAUAAUAUUGCGUUAUUUGAGCCAUCGGGGGCGAAUCUACGGGAGGGGAGAAAGGAGAUUAUGGUAAGGGGGAUAAAGAUAAGCAGUGGAGAGGGAAGGAGAGAAAGGGAAUAAGAAAGUGGCAAAAAGGGAAUGGUAAGAGAGAACGGUUGGGAGACAAGGGGGAGUGUUGUUGAUAGUAGGGAAAGUUGUGGAGGGGGGGGGGGACAAAGGAAAUGGAAGGAAGGAUAAUAUAGCGGUGGCUCUGAGGGCCGGGUAUCGACAUCAAGCACCACAAGUCCCCGCACUAAUUCAUCCAAGAUUUUAUUUGAAGGGAAUUGUUUGUAUAAUUAAAAAUGGGGUUUAUUAAAAUUGUGUUAAUUGCAAUAUUUAUAUAGGGAUUUAUUAAUAUGUUCUCCCUUCCAGUUUCUGUGUCCGUCUACUUCUAUUAUUCAUAAACACGUACUAUAACCCUACCAUUGCUUUACUGUAGCGUAUUUGACCAUUUCAAUAAAAGGUGUAAAAUAAUUAA